UGCACCGUCCCCUCUUCCUGUGAGACGGUUGGUGCCUUAGCAACUAAACCUAGCAACUAGGGAAUCCUCGAGUGUUACGGAUCUCGGCUGAGGGGCCUUGGAAACCUUGAGCUCACAACGAGCCGUUUCCAGCCUCCUGGGCAAGGGAACAGUAUCUUCCCUUGCCUGGGAUUCUGGAACCAUUUCAUUCUGGUGAAAGUAAGAGGCAGCUUGGGACCAGCAGCCUUUCGCGGAGAAAAGUCUGACAUGCCCAUCCUAUGUGACAGUCGGCAAAACGACUCUGUGGAUAUCCCAAAUUAGUAAAGUAUCAAUCAAUGGAGGCAUCUGAAGUCUUAUUCAGUUGUUCAACGAAUUAUAAACUAACCUUUACUGCCCGUGGAACCGAAUUAAGGAAAAAGUCCAGGAAGAGGAAUUGCAGACUGGAUUUUUUUUUUUCCAUUUUGGCAGUUACUCAGUAACUGCUUUUUUUUGUUUGCUUGUUCCUGCGGCAUGCGGAAUCUUAGUUCCCCGACCAGGGAUCAACCCAUGCUCCCUGAAUUGGGAAUGCCAGGAAAAUUGCUGAAGCUAAAAGGGAUGUUUAAUUCUAAGUUUGGAUCCGUUCCCAAGUUUUAUGUUCGAGCACCAGGAAGAGUCAAUAUCAUAGGAGAGCAUAUAGAUUACUGUGGAUAUUCUGUUCUUCCUAUGGCUGUAGAACAAGAUAUGUUAAUAGCUGUGGAACCUGUGAAAACACACGUUCUCCAGCUGGCCAAUACCAAUCCCUUGUACCCGGACUUCAGUACUAGUGCUAAUAACAUCCAGAUUGACAAAACCAAGCCUCUGUGGCACAACUAUUUCUUAUGUGGAUUUAAAGGAAUUCAGGAACACUUUGGUCUUAGUGACUUGACUGGAAUGAAUUGCUUGGUCGAUGGAAACAUCCCACCGAGUUCUGGCCUCUCCAGCUCCAGUGCUUUGGUCUGUUGUGCUGGCUUGGUGACACUCACAGUGCUGGGCAUGAACCUAUCCAAGGUGGAACUUGCAGAAAUCUGCGCCAAGAGUGAGCGUUACAUUGGCACUGAAGGAGGAGGGAUGGACCAGUCCAUAUCAUUUCUUGCAGAAGAAGGAACUGCCAAGUUAAUAGAAUUUAGUCCUCUGAGGGCAACUGAUGUGAAACUCCCAAGUGGAGCAGUGUUUGUGAUUGCCAACAGUUGUGUGGAAAUGAAUAAAGCAGCAACUUCUCAUUUCAAUAUCAGGGUGAUGGAGUGUCGUCUGGCUGCAAAGCUGCUAGCUAAGCACAAAUGCUUGCCAUGGGAGGAAGUGUUGCGGCUGGAGGAGGUGCAGGCCAAGCUGGGGGUCAGUCUGGAAGAAAUGUUGUUGAUCACAGAAGAUACCCUUCACUCUGAACCCUAUAGCCCCGAGGAGAUCUGCAGGUGUCUGGGAAUUAGCCUGCAGGAACUCAAGACCCAAAUCCUGAGUCCAAACACUCAAGACGUGCUCACCUUCAAACUCUACCAGCGGGCAAAGCACGUGUAUAGCGAGGCUGCGAGAGUGCUCCAGUUUAAGAAGAUAUGUGAAGAAGCACCUGACAACACGGUCCAGCUGCUGGGGGAGUUAAUGAACCAGAGCCACGUGAGCUGCCGGGACAUGUACGAGUGUAGCUGCCCUGAGCUGGACCAGCUGGUGGACAUCUGUCGGAAAUUUGGGGCUCAAGGAUCACGACUUACGGGAGCAGGAUGGGGAGGCUGCACAGUAUCGAUAGUACCUGCUGACAAGCUGUCCAGCUUCCUAGCAAAUGUGCACGAAGCUUAUUACCAGAGGAGCAAUCGAAGCUUAGUGCCUGAGAAGCAGAGUUUGUUUGCUACCAAACCUGGAGGUGGAGCUUUGGUUUUCCUUGAGGCCUAAACUAUUUAGAGCAUUUAGGAACUGGCAGGACUUCUAUGCCACAGCAAAUUAAUCCUCUUUCUGUUUUGUAUUAUGAUGAAUGGUUGCUAUUAUCAAGAUGUAUUUCGAAAGAAAUGGUUGAAAGCUCCCUAUGCUUCAUAAUGAUUAUUUUUCCAUCUUAAAAUAUGUUUUCUACCAAUAAGAGCCAAAAUUAUGCUUGGCCAGAUCUCUUAAGAUAAUUUACUGGAUGUAUUGAUUUCAAGAUUUUUUAAAACAAAUGGUAAAAGACCAUCAAUACUGACCUCAUGGAUUGUACUUGAAUUAAACAUACAUUCUUAAAUACA